AUGUCCGUGCCGAGGAAGAAGUUAAUCGACAAUCGUGGAAAUACUGCAGCGUUUUUACUGACGAAACAGUCGGAGGAUUUCGCGGACAGCCAUCGCGUGAAAAUCGUUAUCGUUGGCAGUGGUUAUACUGGCGUCGCUGUUGGGAUUGCUAUACUUUUCAAGCGGCUAGCCUCCGAGCUGGUGUUCAUAGAUCUAAACGAGGACUUAGCGAAAGCAGAGGCGGAGGACAUCAGCCACGGGGCGGCGUUUCUCAGCAAUCCGAAGAUCGUCGGUACAAAAGAUUACUCUUUGGCCAGAGACGCAACGGUAUGCGUGAUCACGAUAGGCGACAAGUCGACGAACGUGCAAGAAGAUGGCAAUUUGCUGGAACGGAAUUUGGAAAUCUUGAAAGUCGUCAUACCGAGCGUCUGCAAAUACGCGCCGAACAGCGUGCUGUUGAUCGCAACUACGCCAGUAGACAUAUUGUCGUACGUUGCCAUGAAGCUCUCGGGUUUCCCGCCGCAGCGCGUGAUAGGAUUGGGCACAUUUUUGGACAGCUGUAGGCUUCAGUACUUCAUCGCGCAGAAGCUUGGAAUUUCGUCGAGCGCGGUGCAAGCUUCUGUGAUCUGCGAGAAUGGGCCGACAUCCGUGCCCAUUUGGUCCGCGGUGACGGUAAUGGGGAUCAAAUUGAAAGACAUCAACAAGGACAUCGGCGCGAAUUCGGACCCCGAAUCUUGGGGCGAUCUGCACAAAAAAGUCAUCGACUGCGACAGCGAUCUUAUCAAGAGGAAGGGGUAUCGGUGUUGGGGCAUAGGCAUCUGCGCUGCAGAAGUUGUAGACGCCAUUGUGCGGAACACGUGUAUCUGCAUCACCGUGUCGACGUAUCUGAAGGGUUGUCGACACGGUUUGGAAAAAGACGUGUACAUGUCCCUGCCCUGCAUAGUCGGUAGAAACGGUAUACAGUCGUUUCUGCGUCAUCCCUACACGCCCGAGGAGCAAGAACUCACGGAAGCAUCCUGCCGCACGAUCUACGAGACUCAAAGGUCGAUCGUUAACGCGCUUGAAUGA